AGAAAAAAACGAUAAGAAGCAAAUCCAUAUUUACGUAUAAAAGAACACCUGGUGUGAAUGUUUUGGAAAUAUAAGUAUAUUUCAAAAUGAUACGAUAAUUCUUGUAUGUCUUUAGAAUAAAAACAAAAGAAAAACAACCCGCCUUUUAAAAAAACUAAGAAGAUAAAAAUUUAUUUUGGAACUAUUUUUAAAACUAUUAAUAACUAAAUCUCCCCCUUUUUCGUCGGCAUUAAGUUUCGUAAAUAUAAAAUGAAAAAAAAAUAAAAGAAUCGCUCACCAAAAAAAAUGAAGCUUGUAGUAGCAUUGGUAACUUUACUUAUAAAUGUUGGACAUGGCAUGUACGUAAACUAUAGUCAACAUACUGUCCGAAUCUUAAAGCUAAAUUUGAGUAAUCAAAAUAUAUACAAUGACCUCGUUCUGAAAGAGAGAUUGGAAAACUUUACAGAGUUAAAGGAGCUUGAUUUGUCAGCUAAUCUAUUUACAGAAGUUCCCAUAGCAACAAUAACAGUUUUACCCAAGUUGAAAAGAAUAUUUCUGGAUAACAAUUUAAUAAGAAAACUUCCAUCUAUGGACAGAGUUACUAAGAAUUUAUCAAUAGUUUUGAGCAAUAACCUUCUCAGCUGUUCAUGUAGUAAUCUGGAACGUGUGACCAUUAAUUUGGGCACAAGAAUCCAAGUGUUUUGCAAGUAUCCAGUGUUCGUCAUGACUAUCAGUGUGAAUAACAAAAAAGACCUCAACUGUUGUGGAAGAAAACAAAUCACUGAAUUCAAUGUUUGUCUCAAGAAAAAUUUCACAUAUCACAUAUAUCCCUGUGAAUCUCUUACGUGGAAACAGUUUGGUACUUUAGAAUAUGAAUCAUGUCUUGCUUAUCCAAACAAAGAGAACGAAUAUAAGCUAAAAGAAAAAGGAAGAAGGAGAAUCUUCAUAACAAAAAUAUGUUUGGUAUCUUUUAUUGGUCUUGUGGUAGUUAUCUUUUCUGUAUACUGUGUUGUGAAGUUUCGGAAGCGCGGAAAUGGGGGAACAGAAAACCAAAGAGUUCCAUCUAUAUCAGGUGAUUGCAACGAAUCACAAAUUAAUACAGUUGAACAGUUUGCCAGAAGAAGAUGUUUCACGAUCGAUGAAGGUGAAGAUGAAGAUAUACCAUAAAUCACAAAGCUAGGUUGAACGGGCUUGGAAACAGAGUGUCAGUAAAGAACAAGAUAAUCGCUAUUAAAAUACCUCAAGAGGAAGACAUUUAUUUAAAAAACGUAACGACUGUACUCUCGAGCUACGUUUACCUGGAUAAUAUAACCUUGGUCUUGGUUGACCAGACAAAGUUUGGUUGAUAACGUGAGAUUAAUUUAGUAAAGAAUAUCCUAGUUUCCAGGUUAUCGUGCGCUAAGCCGUUAUCACGAGAAAAUUUGUCAUAAAGACAAAAGCCUUCUAAACGAG